UGCUUUGAUUGGUCCAAAUAAAAAUACAAGAGUUUAACUGCACGUAUGGGAAACCGAACGAUUUUAAUACGCUGAAACAAUGGAGAAAGUCUUGUGUAGUGAUCACGGAGCCAUUUGUAUGUUAAAAACGGGGUUGAAGGAUGGACCGAAUAAAGGCAAAAGUUUCUACGUCUGCGUUAACGAGCGGGGCUGUGAUUUUAGUCAACUGACCAGCCUCCCGCCCUCCCACUGCAUCAACCAUGAGGAUUCAAUGGUAGAAUUUCAGGCCAUCAGCUUCAGCCAGAAACACCAGAACCACAGGCUAUACUACAGAUGCAUUGUGGGUAAAAAGUCGGGACAGAAAUGGUGUGGAAGUGUGCCUUGGACUACACAAGAAAAAGAAAACAGAACCCCAAUGUUGAGCACACUGGUUCAGCCUUCCUGUAUUCCUCCUGUUAGAAAUCCCUUUAAGGCUCCUGGAAAGAUGCACAAAGACUCAGAGUGGAAGGAGAUUGAGAUUACUGGAUGCAAGGAGAGAGAGAAAAAAAGCAAAGAUACAAAUCAGACGGCUGAUAGGGGAGAAAGUUGUCAGAAGGAAAUUACAGAAAAUCUGAGCACCUACCACAGUAAAACUCUUCCACAAGGGAUGAAGAUAAAGAAGAGGAUUUCAAGUGAUGACAGCAGCAAAACUGAUGGAAAAGAAAAUACAACAGUAGAAACUGAGAAGAAGCUUGAAGGAGCUCAAAAUAAGAAGUCUACAUCCAACGCAGAAGUUCAGCCGGACAAAAUUAAUCAAAUUUCCUCUGAUGCACACAAAAGUUUGCAAAUAAAUGACACAGCGCUUCCAGGGAAUCAAUAUGACCCCCCAGUCCACAAGAGUGUCACUGAAUCAGAACCCAGCAGAGGCUCGCAUGCUUCCAGGAACGCAGGCUGUGUUGUCUAUUCGGAUGAGAGCAGUUCCCAAAGAGAUGAAAGCAAUGACGAUGUAGUAUUUGUGUCAGAAAAAGCUGCUCCUCAGAAAACCCCACCGACAUCUGCCAUCCAAAAAACCAUAACCAACUUUCCAGGGUUCCAGUGUGUUGCAAAGCUGGGAGGGCCUAAAGAGAGGCAAAGCCUGCUGUCUGUUCAGCUCAAACAGAAAAAGGCUACUCUAUCUGCUAUAAAUGUGGCGGCUCUGCCAGAUAAAGGAGAGAAGCUGCGGAUCCAGAUCAAAGAAUUGGAAGACGAGCUGGAGUCCCUGAGUCUGUCUGCAGCUUCUCAUCCGGAGUCUGUGGAUGAGAGCAGAAAACCCCACGAAAGCACGACCUUUAUUAAUCCAUUUGACCGACAGGGGGGCAGCAUCUUCCUCCCCGCUCCUCCACCCCCAGCCCCUAGCCAGUACCAGGCUGCAGGCAGUUCUCUGGGGCUGCAACACAGACAGAUGCCUGCACAGGCGCCUGGGGAGAAUCUCAUGCAGGCCUAUUAUGGCGGAAGGAUGACUCACGAUCGCCUGAUGGCUGUGAAGAACGCCACAUGUGAAGCAAUCGACCAUCUGCACAAAUCCCUGGAGUCUUGUCCGGAUCCCGAAACAGAAGUUCCCGAUCCCAAAGGAAUCAAGGUGCCUCUGCUGCCCCAUCAGAGGAGAGCUUUGGCCUGGCUGCUCUGGAGAGAAGCACAGAAGCCGUGUGGAGGAAUUCUGGCGGAUGACAUGGGUCUGGGUAAAACUCUGACCAUGAUUUCACUCAUACUGGCUAAGAAGAUGAACGCUAAACCGGAGGCCAAAAAGAAGGACACGACCAAGUUCUGGGUGUCUAAAAGUGAUUCUAGCAUAGUUUCUUCUGAAGGCACUCUGAUCAUCUGUCCUGCUUCACUGAUUCACCACUGGAAGAAAGAGAUUGACAAACGAGUCAAGACCAGCCGGCUUAGCGUAUACUUAUACCAUGGCACCAAUCGACAGAGAAGUGCCAAAGCGCUGGCGGAUUACGAUGUAGUGGUGACCACAUAUAGUCUGGUGUCCAAGGAGAUCCAGGUCCAGAAGGAAGAUGCCGAGAACCCCAGCAAAGACCCUGAUCCUGAGGCAUCACUUUCUAGUCCUCUGCUGCGGGUGAGAUGGACUCGAGUGAUUCUCGAUGAAGCUCACAGCAUCAAAAACCCCAAAGUCCAGACCUCAAUGGCAGUCUGCCAGCUGAGGGCCCAGGCCCGCUGGGCCAUCACAGGCACACCCAUCCAGAACAACCUGCUGGACAUGUACUCACUGCUAAAGUUUCUGCGCUGUUCUCCCUUUGAUGAGUACAAACUGUGGAAAGCGCAGGUGGACAACGGCUCCAACAGAGGCAGAGAGCGGCUCAACAUCCUGAUGAGAACUCUGCUGCUGCGGCGAACCAAAGACCAGCUGGACUCCACCGGAAAACCGCUGGUUUCUCUUCCUAAUCGGACCUGCGAGGUGCAUCGACUUCAUCUCUCUAAGGAUGAGCAGACUGUGUAUGAUGUGGUGUUUGCUCAGUCCAGAUCUACUCUGCAGAAUUAUCUGAAGAAACAUGAAGGAAAGGACGUGGACGCAGGAAACGCCACGUCUUCCAAUCCAUUUGAUAAAUUGGCACAAGAGUCUAGCCUGUCUCAGCCCACUGCAUCAAGCUCUCAGCAGCAUCAAGCGUCCUCCAACGGCAUCCACAUCCUGUCCAUGCUGCUGCGCCUUCGUCAGUGCUGCUGUCACCUCUCCCUUCUGAAGAAGACGCUAGACUCCUCUGAGCUGCAGGGGGAUGGGAUUGUUCUGUCCCUGGAGGAGCAGCUCAACGCUUUGUCGCUGUCCUCCAGCCCCUCCCCAUCAGACGCUGACCUCAAAGACACAGUGUUGCUCAACGGCAGCCGCUUCCCUUCACGGCUGUUUGAGGACGCCAACAAAAGCACCAAGAUUUCGGCUAUCACCUCUGAGCUCAUGGCGAUCAAAGAGAAGAGUGACAAUCAAAAAAGUGUGAUCGUGUCACAGUGGACAAGCAUGCUCAGCAUUGUUGCAGUUCACCUGAGGCAGAUGGGCUUGACAUUCGGAGUAAUCGAUGGAUCUGUCAACCCGAAACGCCGCAUGGAUCUGGUGGAGGAUUUCAACACAAACCCUAAAGGGCCUCAAGUGAUGCUGGUUUCUCUUUGUGCUGGAGGCGUGGGACUCAACUUGGUUGGAGGAAAUCACCUCUUUCUCAUUGAUAUGCACUGGAACCCUGCUCUAGAGGAUCAGGCUUGUGAUCGGAUCUAUAGAGUUGGACAAAGCAGAGAUGUCACCAUUCACAGGUUUGUUUGUGAAGGCACAGUGGAGGAGAAGAUUUCCAUCCUGCAAACAAGAAAGAAGGAGCUUGCCCAGAAUGUCCUCUCAGGAACAGGAAAUGCCGUCUCCAAACUCUCCCUGGCUGAUCUUAAAAUCAUUUUUGGCGUUUGAUUGAGAAGAUGUUUUUACAGCCUUCAAGAUGCACAAUUAUUUAUAUUUGGAAGUAUUGUAGGUCCUGAAACUUGUGUUUUCACCAAUUAUCAGAGACGUCGCUCUGAUUUGUAAUUCCAAGGCAAAAACCAGUAACUUGCUAAUAUAUGAGUUGUUGCAGCUAUUGUAGCUUUGGACAGGAGCAGUUACUUUCUCUUUGUGAAAAUUCCUUUUAAGUAUCAACUGUUCUUAAUUUUAGGGUUGAAAAAAAUGUUUGUCACCCGUUUUUAUGUUCUAUAAAUGUUGCUCUUAUUUUCCAGUUAUGUUUUAUUCGUCCAUAUCUUUUAUUUGCCUUGAAAUAAAUUCAACUACAUGAGAAUGUAAGAUACUAUUGUGUUAAAUUUACAAAUUGUCCUUUCAAUAAAAUAAAGGUAUAAAUGUUAAUUAUUAA